ACCUCUCAUCUGUGUUCACAUGAAACUUCCCUUUACUUUCUCUUAUUUCUUCUGUUCGUUGACUAAAAUUUCUCUCUCUUCUUCUUCUUCUUCUUCUUCUUCAAUCUUCAUCUUGAGUGAGAUUUUUGGAUCCUUUCAUGGAUGCUAUUCUGCAAGUACCCAAUGAUGGGUUCAGAUUCGAAAACGGUACUGGAUCUUGCUGCAAACCAAGGAACAAUCUUGACUCUGGGACCAACCGUUUCACCUGUUUCAACGAAUCUGAAUCUCAGAACCCUUCUUCUUCUCCGACAAAAUCUAAGGUAUGUUCAGAUUACCACCCUGUUUUUAAGUACAUCAAUGACAUGUUGAUGGAGGAAGAUCUUGAAGGACAGUCUUGUAUGUUGGAAGACAGUUUGGCCUUACAAACCGCCGAGAGAUCUUUCUUCGAAGUGCUUCAGGAUCAAACUCCUCUGUCUGAUCAUAGCGAAGGUUCUCUCGGAAACUUCAGCUCAUUAACGAGCUUACACCAACCAACCUCAGAAUUCACUGGAUCGCCUGAGAUAUCAGAAGUAUCAACCAGAAGGUAUCGUCUACGGGAUGAUGGUGAUGAAGAAGAUGAUAUUGAGGGUGGAAGAAAAGCAAAGCUCCCUGCAAUUUCUAUGGUGGAUGAGCUGGCGGAAAAGUUUGAGGAAGUGUUGUUGGUGUGUCAAAAGAACGAACUUGGAGAAGCAACACCGAGCAAAACCGGACGAGCAAAGAGCUCAUCGAACCGAUCCAAGCCUCAAAAGUCAGAUCAGCCAGUGGAUAUGAGGAAUCUCCUGAUGCAAUGCGCGCAAGCCGUGGCGAGUUUUGACCAGAGAAGAGCAGCUGAGAAACUGAAGGAGAUAAGGGAACACUCUUCAAGCCACGGAGAUGGAACUCAGAGACUUGGUUACCAUUUCGCAGAGGCGCUUGAAGCACGUAUUACAGGAAUCAUGACUACACCAAUAUCUGCUACUUCAAGCAGAACAUCAAUGGUGGACAUUUUGAAAGCGUACAAGGAGUUUGUUCAGGCUUGCCCCACCAUAAUAAUGUGUUAUUUCACUGCAAACAGAACAAUCUAUGAGCUUGCUUCCAAAGCAACAACGCUUCACAUCAUUGACUUUGGGAUUCUCUAUGGAUUUCAGUGGCCUUGUCUGAUACAAGCCCUGUCACAGCGACCGGGUGGACCACCAAAGCUCCGUGUGACUGGAAUCGAGCUGCCUCAGCCAGGGUUCCGCCCAUCAGAACGGGUUGAAGAGACUGGCCGAAGACUGAAGAGGUUCUGUGACAAGUUCAACGUCCCGUUUGAGUACAGCUUCAUAGCCAAAAAAUGGGACACCAUAACUCUUGAUGAGCUGGUGAUCAAAAGCGGAGAGACAACAGUUGUGAAUUGCAUCCUGCGUCUACAAUACACGCCUGAUGAAACCGUGUCCCUCAAUUCUCCGAGAGACACGGCUCUGAAGCUAUUCAGAGAUAUCAACCCUGACCUCUUUGUGUUUGCAGAGGUUAACGGGAUGUACAAUUCUCCCUUCUUCCUUACAAGGUUCAGAGAGGCUCUGUUCCAUUACUCGUCACUGUUUGACAUGUUUGAGACCACAAUAUCAGAAGAGAACGAUUGCAGGACACUGGUGGAGAGGGAGUUGAUCAUAAGGGAUGCGAUGAGUGUGAUCGCCUGUGAAGGUGCUGAGCGGUUUGCAAGGCCCGAGACCUAUAAGCAAUGGCAAGUUAGGAUUUUAAGAGCAAGGUUUAGGCCAGUGAAACUAAACAAACAGAUGAUCAAAGAAGGGAAGGAAAUAGUGGGACAACGUUACCACAAAGAUUUUGUGAUAGACAAUGAUAACCACUGGAUGUUUCAGGGCUGGAAAGGAAGAGUCCUCUAUGCUGUUUCCUGCUGGAAACCUGCUAAGAAGCAAUAAAACUAACUCUGUAAUCAUUUGCAUGAUUUGUGUUAGCUUUCCAUUUUUUCUUGUUUGACAAUGUUUUUGUAGAAACUGUUGGAUUUUGUUCUCAUAUAUAUGGAAUGCAUCGUUUCUUUCUUGCAA